UUCCGGAGGUCCUUGAGCCUCCUGCAGUGGAGCAGGAUGUGGGCGACAGUCUGUCGUCUCUCUCCGCACUGGCAGCGGGAGCUGGUAACACCUGGCACUCUUUGGGUGAAGAGAAAGUCGCGCAGGCCUAUCUUCUCGGUGCGCAGCUGUACCAGCAGCGCG